AUGGACGAAGCAAAAAAGAAAGAAUCAAGUUCAAGCCUAUGCAAUAAAGAACUCUUUAACGUUUUCUCGAGUCACCGUCAUUGCGAGUCUAAAAGAAAAGGUAAGUGUGAUGAUCAUGAAGUCCAACAAGCCAAUAAGUCAGAGAUCCAAAAGGAGAGUAAUUCAAAUACAACUCAAUCCAAUCAAGGUAAUCGUGUUAAUGUGGCGACAGUUGUUGAAUGUCUUGGAAAAGUAAUGUUAUCUAUUAAUAAGGUUGGUUUGGAGGCUCCAAGAGAUAAUGGAGGGAUCCAGAAUAGAAAGUGGAAUAGGAGGAAGAUUGUGAAGAAUGGAGAGGUCGCUCCAGCGAAGACACAAAAACCAAAUAAUUUCAAGAGGCAACUUGUUGAUGUAAUGAUAACAGAAGGUUUAAUAGAGGAUUGUGGGGUUGGAGAGAAUAAACAGAAACAGACUGAAGUUGGAAGUGAUUUUCUGAUCAAUCAACCAGAGGUAGUGUUGGAUGGCCAACACCGCCUGUUCUAA